GUCCAAAACACUGGGGGAAGAGGGGCUGCCCGAGGUAGCCCUGCGCCUGCAGGGAGCCGGCUGGGCUCUGUCCUGGCGGGAGUCUGGAGUGUCCUGGAGGAAUUGUUAAUUGGGAAGGCAGAUGGUUGGUUAAGGAAAAUUUUCUCCUUGAGAGGACUGCUUCCUCCACUAUGACCCUCUGGUCAGGUCUGGGAAGACUUAACUAGAAAACAACACAUAAAUGUUGCAAGGGGACCAUGACCAAGGCUCGAGUUUCGCUGGUAUUUCUCUAGGCCUAUAAACCAAGAAAGGGUGCAAUUCCUAAGAAGGCAAGGCUCCCAAACUUGGUCCAGCAGGCCCUCGCCGGCCUCCGCCUCAUCCACGAACUGCAACUCCCAGCGGCCUCCAAAGUACCCGGCAGCUUGCCAUUCAGGCACAAAGGGGCCUUGUACACUUCCUCGCUCGCUAGCACGAGUCCUCCAAUGGCAGCGGACGGCGCGGUGGCUUCUGGGAAAUGAAGUCGUGUUGCGGCUGCGCAGGCGCGAACCUACAGCGGAGGCGGGUGGAAGCAGCGGUGUGGCGGUACCUACGCAACGCUCUGGCCCUGUGAGGGGAUUUGCAUUUUUCUUUUGCUGUAACACUACUACAGAAUUUUGAGAAAGGGUGACGGCCGGGGUCAUCUGGAAGGAGUCUUCCUCCCUUGCACCACACACUGAAAACCAGUCAGCCCUGGGCUUGGAAUCUGCACACGUGCGUUUUGCUUCAUACUUGCUUCUUCACAGUGAUCACGUCUGUCUUCACCAGACUGGUGGCCCUAAAAGGUUGCACCUGAUGUGGACUUUGUGCAAAGCUAGUCACUGACAGCUGGUGCUUCAGGGUACACAGGAACAAGAGUUGAUGAUGAUGUUGGAGCCAAAGGAAGAGGAGCAGUCUUGGGAAUAUGAAACCAAGCUAACAGGGAACCACUCUUCCAGUCAAGAGAUCUUCCGCCAGCGCUUUAGACAGCUCUGCUACCAGGAGGUUCCUGGUCCCCGGGAGGCCUUGUGCCAACUACGGGUACUCUGUUGUGAGUGGCUGAGGCCAGAGAGACAUACCAAGGAGCAGAUCCUGGAGUUAUUGGUGCUGGAGCAAUUCCUGACCAUCCUGCCGGAGGAGCUCCAGUCCUGGGUGCGGGAACAUCACCCUAAGAGUGGAGAGGAAGCCGUGACUGUCCUGGAGGACUUAAAGAAAGGACUUGAACCAGGACCGCAGGUUCCAGGCCCUGCAUGUGGACCUGCACAGGAAGAGCCAUGGGAGCAGAAGGAACCUCUGGGACCAGAACAGGCAGCAGGCGUCCAGCUCCAACCUAAGGAGACCCAGCUCAAGUGUGAAUUUCAGGAGACCCAGCCCUUCCCAGAGAGUGGUGAGAAACAGAAUUCUGGGGAGGAAGAGGAAGAAAAGAAAGUAAAAGAACAGGUACACUUAGAUUUUUCAUCGGUUGUUGCAGAAGAUCGUCCAGAACUCAACGACAAAGGCUCACUGCCACAGCCACCCGUUACUAAAGUGGAAUCACAUGUGUUCUUGGAAAACCUUGCCACUGACACCUCUACACUUGAAGCUACCUCAAAAGUUGAGGGCACCUUAAAACAGCGGCAGAGAAAUCCCAAAGUGAAAAAACCAAGGCCAUCCCCUGCUCAGGAAAAAAGUCUCAGACAGAUGGUUGUCACCCAUAAGAAAACUCCUCCAGGGAAGAAAGACCAUGAAUGUAAUGAAUGUGGGAAAGCCUUCAUUUAUAAUUCACAUCUUGUAAUCCACCAGAGAAUUCAUUCUGGAGAGAAACCCUUUAAGUGUAGUGACUGUGGAAAAACUUUCAAUCAGAGCUCAAACCUCAUUCAGCAUCAGAGAAUUCAUACAGGAGAGAAACCCUAUGAGUGUAAUGAAUGUGGGAAGGCCUUCAGGUGGGGUGCUCAUCUUGUUCAACAUCGGAGGAUUCAUUCAGGAGAAAAGCCCUAUGAGUGUAAUGAAUGUGGGAAGGCCUUUAGUCAAAGUUCAUAUCUAAGUCAGCAUCUAAGAAUUCACAGUGGAGAGAAACCUUUUAUGUGUAAAGGGUGUGGGAAAGCUUACAGAUGGAGUUCAGAGCUUAUUAGACAUCAGAGAAUUCAUGAGAGCAAAGAAAGUGUACCAAAGUGUACCAAAGGUGAGACAGUCUCCAGACAGACUUGUACUUUUGUCUAACCUACUUAGAAUGAGUGCCCAUAAAAGUUAUAAGCACCUUAA